AUGGCGGCCGCGGGCGCGCAGCCAGACGCGGUGGUGUGCAGCGCCGCGGACUCGGACCUGCGGAGCGCGAGCGACCUCUUUCCCUCCGCCUCUCCGCCGCCCGCGUGGCGCCAUCUCGGCCUUCAGGCCCUCAUCACCGCCUGUUGCGGCGGCCGGCAGUGGGCCAGGGCGCUGUCUGUGCUGGCCGAGGUGGAGAAGCCCGACAUGAUCGCCUUCAGCGCCGCCAUCUCGGCAUGCCAGGCGGGCGAGCAGUGGGAGGGCGCGCUGGCGCUGCUGUGCCAGGCCUCGCGCCUGUCGCUGCGGCCGAACGCCACGGCCCGCGGAGCAGCCAUGGGCGCCUGCGCUCGCGCGGCGCGCUGGCAGGACGCGGUGGCGCUGCUGGCAGGCUGUGCGCAGGCGUCUGUCAGGCCCGGCACCGUGUGCCACAACACCGUCGCCGCCGCGCACGAGCGCAGCCACCGGUGGUGCGACGCGGUGCGUCUGCUGGGCGAGAUGCGCCACCAGGCCGUUCUCGCUGACGCGAUCACCUACAACUCGGCCGUGAGUGCGUGCGAGCGUGCGCGGCAGUGGUGGCAUGCCGUCUGGCUGCUGGCCGAUAUGCGGAGGCAUGGUCUCGGGCAGACGCUGGCCGCUGCAGACUGCGCAUUGCGCGCGUGUGGAAGCGGCGGCGCUUGGGGCGUCGCCUUGGCAGUCUUCGAGGACGCAUUGGACGGGCUGCUGGCGUGCGCCGAG